GUCAAUUCUUUAUUUCAGAGUGAAAAAUAGGAUCUGAGACUGCUGAUAAUUUUUACCUUCGAUAUCCUUCGAUUAAAAAAUCUUUUGAGCGUGCUUUAUAAUUGCGCAGUAAAGUAUAAGCAAAAUAAAUUAAUUAACUUUGUGCAAAGAUUUCGGAAUAAAUAUUGUCAAAACCAUUAAGAUUUUCGUACUCCAGUCUGUGAUUGUGUUGUAAACAUGUCAGUUGUUGGUCAAUGAUAAGUGAACUGGUGAUAUUUCCAAGUCCAAAGUGCGCGUAGUACAUUUUGUAUUAAAGAUUUUGUGACUAUCGCAAUGUCUAUAGAGGAGAAAUUCAAUGCUGCUGUUAACGUUAUCAGGAGCCUUCCAAAAAGUGGUUCAUAUCAGCCCAGCAAUGAACUGAUGCUGAGGUUCUACAGUUACUACAAACAGGCGACAGAAGGGCCUUGUGAUAAACCCAAGCCAGGCUUCUGGGACGUAGUAAAUCGAGCAAAGUGGGAGUCAUGGAACAAACUAGGCAAUAUGACGAAAGACGAAGCGAUGUUAGCAUAUGUUGACGAAUUACACAGGAUCGUCGAGACAAUGUCGUAUAGUUCCGACGUGGCGUCUUUCCUGUCACUGGAAGACGAUGACCAGGGCUGUCUCGGCAAUGACCUGGAGUUGGUCGCAGGCGAUGUGCUGGCCCGCGUGCGUUCCGAACACAAUACACCAAUAGGAUCUCGGUCAGUGAGCGGGGCGUCGUCGCCGGUGCGCAGCGCCUCGCCGCCGCGGAACCGACACGACUCCGACGACGAGUUUAUAGACACUGUUGAUAGCGAUCCCGAGACGCAGCCGCCGGCUCCCGAGCCACGACUCAGUAAUGGACACGCACAUCAGAUCACAUCACAACUCACACAUUUGAAAGUACUGGAGCAGUUGCCGGGCGCGCUGGCCCGCCUCGAGGCCGACGUGGCUGCGCUCAGGAAAGCUGUGGAAGGAGACCGUCGUCUGCUAAAUCAAGUGUCCCGGUGCGGCGGGUGCGGCGCGGGCUGGCGCUGGCCGUGGCAGGAGCUGAGCCCGCCCACGCUGCUGCUGCUGACGCUGUGGCCCUUCCUCGCCUACCGCCUCGCCGCCCGCCUGCAGCGCAACACGCGCUAACACACUGACACAUUUUGUAAGGAGGUUUGGGGAUAUGUGAUUUAGGAUAAGGCAUUUCGUGUUCGAUGAUUUAAAUUGUGUAAUGGUAACACUCAUUCUACGGAUAUGACGUAUCCGGUACAAUGAAGUGUUCCUGAACUGGCAACACUACUGUUAAUAUUAUUUAAUCUAUAUCGUGUUAUUCUAUAUGUUGUAAUAUUAUGACAUGAUAUAUUUAUGAUGUUUUAUUCUCAAAAAGUGAUAGGUAUAUUUUUUUUAAAUUUUGGAAUCUUUUUUGACAUUUAAUACCUUCUAAAUUGGAAUGAUGUUUGACUGUCUUACUGUAUGGCAUAUGAACCGGACAUUGAUGAAAUAAUAUGAUUUUUUUAGAUACUGUCUCAUUUCUUUGUAUUUUAAGUACAUUAUCAAGGAACUAGUCUAAUACAGGCCUGACAAUUUCAUAUGAAAAGACAUGAUAGUAGAAAAUUUGCAUUUUGUGUAUUUUAUUAUGGGUCUAAAAGUUUACGGGGUUUUGGUUUAUUGUAGAUUGUUAAUAUUAAUACGUAUAAUUUUUGAUUUAUUAUGUGUUUAAUUUCAAAUAUUUGUACCUAAAAAUGUUUAAGAAAUCAGACUUUUGUAAAAACCAUUCCUUUUCGUUAUUUAAGUUUAAUGAGAGAAACUGAUCUGGCAUUAUAAAGGUGAAACUACAGUAUCGCCUCGUUAAUGUUAAGUAUAGACCUACAAGGAUAUCUAACCCGGUGGGAAUAAGUCGAACUAAAUUAUGACAGUUCAAUAACGUCACAAUGUCAAUGUUAGUGUCAGUCUUUGUUGUCACAAGGCCUUUCUCGGUUAUUUACUUUUCAAAGAAGGUUUUACAUAUUUUUUGACAUAACUAACAGAUAGCAUCGCCUCUUACCGAGCUAGAUAAUCCUUAAUCCUUGUUUUAUUAUAUUUUAAAAUCCAUGUACUCUAUUUCGUAUUGUCCCCUUUUGAAAUUCUAACAAAUGUCACCGGGUCAAAUAAAUUUUUCGCACUGCAAAUGAUUUGUGAAAAUUCUGAUUUAAUUUGUAAAAUUAAAUAAACCAAGUGGAUAUUAUGAACAAUUAGUUCCUGCUUUAAAUCAAUAUGGUAUGGAUUUAAGAUUAAAACGUGUUACCUGUUUUUUUUUAUAGUUAAAGAUAUAUUUUCUCAAAUUUUAUUUUCAUUAUAAGUAUAGUUGUUUUAUGUUGGUUAUGUGCGUAAUUUUAUGUGAUAUUUAGA